AUGGGUAAGCUCAAGAAGAGGUCCAGAAGUGCCAAACUGGCUGCUCAACGCAAGCCCGGGGCUUCCAAGGACGACAAGGAGUUUCAGAAAAUUGCGCCGUUGUUAGAUAAGUUGAAGUCGGAUGCCGUGAACGACCGUUCCAUGGCUGUCGGGGCCAUAAAUACCUUGUGCGAUACUGACCCAGAGAUUCGCAAAUUGUUCUUGAAAAAUGACCUUGUUCGCACGGUAUUGACCAGACUUGUGCACGACUCUAGUGAUGAGGUGGUUGUGGAAUCGUUUGGACUUUUGCGUAACCUGAUCAUUGAGGAAGGGUAUGAUUUGAGCGUCUUUUUAUGGAGAUCGGACAUUUGGACGGUUCUCAAGGACGCUUUCAAAAAAGCGAGCGUUUCCAUCGAGCAUGUAAAGGAUGACAAAGUUUCGGCGGAACAGCGCGGCCUGCUGUUCGACUACAUUGAGAAUAUAAUAGCUUGUCUGGGGUCUCUU